AUGAUUGUUAUUGCUAUUAUUUUAAUAUCAAUGAUAUUGAAUACUGAAGCUCUGUGUAAAACAUCUUCAACAAAUGGAUAUAGAGGAAGUAUGGCAAAAUGUUAUUGUGAAUGUAAUGGAGCAUACAAAUUAGGUUUUAAAGCUACAACAUGUACUUGGUUUCCCUACGGUCAAUUUAGUACUGGUGGUUGUACUUACUGUGAUAGUAAACGUAGAAAAAGAACUUUAAAAACAAUUCGAUCAGUUUCGAUUUCAUCUGGUCCAUUUUUAGUUCAGCAAUGUGCAUGUACAGGUUGCGAUUCAUCUUCAAUCGGUUACAGAGGAACAGCAGAACAAUGCCAAGCGUAUUGUCAAUUGCAAGCUACGUUAUUUAUUAAUAAUGAAGUAAUUGUUACUUAUUUACCAGAUGGACAAGUUAGUAAAGGUGCAUGUAAAUGCUGUGGAUACAAAGAUCCUUGUUUUGUGUUCUAA